CUGGAGUUUUCUUCCAGAUGAGUUGAGUAGAGAGCGACAGCGCCAACCGCUGGCCAGAGGGUCAAGACGUGAUGAAUGUGCAGCCAACAGGUGAACAGUAAAGAUGGCAUCCCUGACAACCGCAGAACCUGCUGCCAAACAACGGCUGGGUGAAGGGGACUUCCAUGGCAUUGCACACCACAAUGCACAGAACAAUGAGGAAAAAGUUUCUCAGCAAAAGAAGACGGAAUUCCUACGAACUGCAGGCAAGCUGAAGAAACAGAUUGAGAAGAUAGAGAACGAGAGAAGGUUGAUUGCCCAACCCAGGAAAAAUAUAUUGAAAGAUGGAUACGAGGGGCUGGAGGAGUUCGAGAACAAUCUGCGGAAGGAGCGUCAGUCUGAAAUGGUCAGUCUGAAGAAACAGCUGGUCAAAAUCCAUCAUGGAGUGAAGAGGUUUCAGAGGCAGCUAACUGACAUUAGGCCAACUCCAGAAUUGAUUGAGAAACUGAAAGAAAUAAUGACCGAAGUGGAGAAUUCAAUCAACACUUUCAAGGAGGACCAACGUUUUCGGUACGAGGAGCUGUUGAAGGAGGAGAGGACCUGUGCCCUGGAGGUCAGCGCCCUUGACAGGAAAAUGGAUGCCUGGUCAAUGGCUGGAAAAGCCGAUGCCCACCUGCACCUGGCCCCGCCUCCCUCAGCCAAGGUGGGCGUGACCAGAGCCCUGGAGGCGGAGCCUCCCCCUGAGGUGUCAGCUCUGGAGACGUUCCUGUUGCAGACGGGGGGGAUGCAGGGGGGCUGGGACCCCUACGACCACCAGAGCUUCCUCAAGGUGUGGACCAAACACCAUGGGAGGCCUGCCUACAGGAAGGAGGCCCAGCUGUACCUGCCCAGCCGGACCCUGCAGGGCCUGCAGCAGCACGAGGACUGGUACCUGGAGCUGCUCCACCUCCAACACCAGAAGAAGGAGGCGAUCCAGAGGUGGAGGUCAGCCAGACAGCAGAGCAGGCUAGCCAGGCUGCAGGUCCAGGGUGAGGAGGAGGGCACUGCCAGGAUGGAGGCCCAGGCCCUGGCCCUACGGCGCCAGGCCGAGGAGGAGAGGAGGGAGGCUGCCCUGCGUCUGGAGGACUGGAGGGAGCGGAGGAAGAGGCAGCAGGAGCAGGAGGAGGAGCGGAGGCGGGUGGAGGAGGUGCAGCAGAGGAGGAGGGCGCAGGAGGAGCGCAGGAGGCAGCAGGAGGUGAAGCUGGCUCUGGAGGCGCAGCUCCGAGAGAGGAGGGAGGAGGAGGAGGCGCAGGCGCUGAGGAGGGCUGAGGAGGAGCAGGGGGAGGAGGAGGAGAGGAGGCGGACGGCUGGACAGGAGAUCAGACGCUUCCAGGAGAGGGACCUCCACAAGAUGGAAAGCAAACUUCAGGAGAAACAACUGAAGGAGAAGCAGGAAGAGGAGAGACAGAAGAGGCUGGCGAAGUUGAAGGAGAAGGUGGUGGUGAAUGUCAGCCGUGAUCCCUCCAGAGUGUGUAAACCCACCAGGGGCUGGGAGGAGCGUACCAAAGAGAUCGGCCCCACGGGGGGAGGGCCUGUCCUGCAGAUGUUCCACAGGGCGGUUCCUACCUGGAGGCAAGGGCUGUGACACAGGCCAAGGGAGUGUCAUAAGUAGAUUAUAUUUGUAUGUUUUUAAAGAAGCAUGCUAAUUGUAUAUAAAAUGUACCAUUAGAGUCAGUUUCUUUGACUUGUAAAUCUGCUAUAUUGCAAUGUAAUGUUGCAUUUAAUUGUAUGA